AUGGACGACUACGAGAAGAUCUCAGUAGUAGGACGUGGAGCUCAUGGUGUCUGUUGGCUUUGUCAGCGUAAAGAUGAUAUUUUUCGACAAAAAGUUAUCAUCAAAACAGUGGCAUUAGAGGGCCUCGCGCCAGAGGAACAGAACGCUAUCAUGGGCGAAGUAACGCUAUUGAAACGCCUUCAUCAUCCCCACAUUAUUGGAUAUUAUGAGUCUUUCAAGACAGAAAACGCUUUUUCGAUUGUUAUGCAGUAUGCUGAGGGUGGAACAAUGGAUAAAAUGAUUUCGGAACAAAAAGGAGUCAAAUUUAUUGAGAAUAUAGUGCUCAAUUAUUUCACACAAGUUGCUAUUGGACUUGAAUAUAUGCAUUCCAAGCAAAUACUUCAUAGAGAUUUGAAAACGCAAAAUAUUUUGUUAAAUAAAAAACGAACAAUUGUUAAAUUGAGUGAUUUCGGAAUUAGUAAAGAAUUAUCAACAAGAAGUUUAGCAUCAACAAUUAUUGGCACACCGAAUUAUCUUUCUCCAGAAAUCUGUGAAGGCAGAGCGUACAAUCAGAAAAGCGACUUAUGGGCUUUAGGCUGUGUGUUAUAUGAACUUGCUGAAUUAAAACGAGCAUUUGAUGGCGAAAAUUUACCAUCGAUCGUCAUGAAAAUUACAAAAGGAAAACAUAAUCCAAUCUCUGAACACUGGAGUGAUGGCUUGAAGAAGUUGGUUAAUUCUAUUCUGGAUGUUAAUGAAAACAAAAGGCCCCUUCUCAAAGAGAUUCUCACAUGCCCACUGAUCUUGCCGGUUUGUUUGGCAAUUAAUUUGGAUCUGGGUGCGCUGCCUUCUUCACCACCGAAAAAAACUCGCCAGAUUUCCUCUUCGAAUAGUAGCAUUUUACGCACACAGCCUAUAUCAGUCAAAGCUGUGGCUUAUUGA